AUGUUGCUUUGUGCAGAGCCCUUCUCAUCAUCUCAUGAUCUCAGAGAGGACAUGUCCUGCUCCCUCUGGAGCAGCGAUUGGCAGCUGUUCAGCAAUAAGGAACAUGGCAUAUUGCUGGUGAAGGCUGCCAGGGGGCAUGAGGUGUGGGACGUAUGCAGAGCUGCUUGCCGCUUCUGUCUGCUCUACGACGACGGCAGAUGGACUGAGAAGGGUCAGAGUCCAGAGCAAGGUUCUCUCCAGAUCAACGCCUCCUCCAGGGACGUGCUUCUUCUCCUGGCCGAAAUCUGCUUCAUCAAUGCUGAGGCCACCGUCCAGAAGCUGCAAUCUGAGGGGGUGGAGCUUAACAGUCCCGCUGUCCUGCCCCAGGACAGAGGAGGCCCCGCCUCUGAGGACCACUGGGGGGUCUACAGGGACUGGAUCCAGUCUCUGUCGGCCUAUGCCACCGCUGGCUUCCUGCGGGGAGCGGAGCUGGGGGAGGAGCUUGGCGAGUGGUGGAUGGUCGACAAUGCGGCCGUGUACCUGUGGAACUACAGCCGUCCCCUGCUGGUGGCCUGCGAGUUUCGCACCCACCUGCCCACCUUCCAAACGCUAGUAGACACGCUUAGACGAACUGGACACUGUGGGUAGGUUCU